AUGGGGUUCCACAGAGUGGUCAUACUAGACGGUGCCCCUGUGAGCCCAGUCUCAGGAGAUCUCCCCCCUGGGCUGAACCCUGCUGCUGCUGAAGCUCGCUGGUUACCAGCAGGUGGGAAGAAGAAGAAGAAGAAGAAGAAGAAGAAGAAGAAGAAGAAGAAGAAGAAGAAGAAGAAGAAGAAGAAGAAGAAGAAGAAGAAGAAGAAGAAGAAGAAGAAGAAGAAGAAGAAGAAGAAGAAGAAGAAGAAGAAGAAGAAGAAGAAGAAGAAGAAGAAGAAGAAGAAGAAGAAGAAGAAGAAGAAGAAGAAGAAGAAGAAGAAGAAGAAGAAGAAGAAGAAGAAGAAGAAGAAGAAGAAGAAGAAGAAGAAGAAGAAGAAGAAGAAGAAGAAGAAGAAGAAGAAGAAGAAGAAGAAGAAGAAGAAGAAGAAGAAGAAGAAGAAGAAGAAGAAGAAGAAGAAGAAGAAGAAGAAGAAGAAGAAGAAGAAGAAGAAGAAGAAGAAGAAGAAGAAGAAGAAGAAGAAGAAGAAGAAGAAGAAGAAGAAGAAGAAGAAGAAGAAGAAGAAGAAGAAGAAGAAGAAGAAGAAGAAGAAGAAGAAGAAGAAGAAGAAGAAGAAGAAGAAGAAGAAGAAGAAGAAGAAGAAGAAGAAGAAGAAGAAGAAGAAGAAGAAGAAGAAGAAGAAGAAGAAGAAGAAGAAAAAGAAAAAGAAAAAAGGCCACAGUUAG